UCUCAGUCUGUCUCACAACAGCUCCUACAUGCAGGCUGAUGAGGAGACUUGGAGUCCCUCCUCAGAAUGUGGACUGUCGACCCCCCCACCUGAACCUGCUGCUGUCAGCUCUGUUCCCCCACUGAGCAGAACCACCUCCAUCUCAGGUGUGAAAUGUCCCUCGUCAGCCUCCGUCCCGUUAACACUGACUGAAGACAUCGAUGGAGACCAGAACCAGAACCAGAACCAGAACCAGGUAGACCCCACCUCCCCCCCACAGGUGAAGCAGCAGCCAAUCACAGAGCAGGAGAAGAGAGGCCACGGUGAUGUCAUCACCUACAACAGCAGUGAAGAGUCCCAGCAGCCUUCCUCCUCCUCCUCCUCCUCCUCCUCCUCCUCUCAGCCCGUCCUCCUCACCUCCACCCCGACCCUCCCCCCUCCUGCUUCCCGCUGCUCCCUCUCUCUCAGCUUCACCCCCCCCCACAGACCGGAGGGAGGCUCCACCCCGUCAGACCCCGCCCCCCUGGAGCUGAGCCCCCCCCCUCCAUACGACGCCCUGUUCGACCUGGCUCUGCCCCGAGCCGCCUCGCUGUUCCUGGGCAGGAAGACACAGGAGGUGCUGGAGAGAGCGUCACAGGAGACAGGAGGAGGAGGAGGAGGAGGAGUAGGAGGAGGAGGAGGAGGAGGAGGAGGAGAGGGGGAGGACAGGGAGGAAGACUUCACCUCCGUGUCUCCCCUGCAGGUCUUGGAUCAGCUGAUCGUCCACGGACACGACGCCCACCAACACCUCAGCAAGAGGUGUUCUCCAGGGAAGCUGGAUCGGAGUCAUUUUGGAGGUAAACAGCAGAGCAUGAAAACCAAAGGUCAGAGUGAGGACCUCCAGGCUCUGACCAGUGAGCUGCUGCUGGUUCACAGUCAGCUGCAGUACGAGCGUUUCAAACGUCAGCAGCACGCCGUCAGGAACCGCCGCCUGCUGCGGAGAGUCGUCAACGCCACGGCGCUGGAGGAGCAGACCGUCGCCAUGAAAGCUCAGCUGGGCGUGCAGGACGAGGAGAUCCGCUCUCUGAAGACGAGUCUGCAGGAGGAGCAGAGACGAUACACGGAGCUGCAGCAGGACACACACACACACACUACACGGCUGCACACACACAUCCAACAACUGCUGCUGCAGCAACAGGACGGCCUCAGAGACACCCAGAGACUGCAGACCGAGCUGCAGGAGUGUCAGAGCGGGCUGAAGGAUGUGGAGGCGGAGCUUCAGAAAGCCAAUAACAAGGCUUACAAUGCAGAACACCAGCUGACCCAGCUGUCACUCAAGCUGUGCAGCAGCGAGCAGCUCCAGAACCAGAUCUACAUGCUGAACCAGCAGCUGGUUCUACUGAGAGAGACCAACAGAACCCUGAGAGAACAGCUGGAGGCCGGAGACAAAGACUGCAGCACCGAGGCCACCAUGCUGCAGUGCAGUGUGGGUCGGGAGUACCAGCGGCUGAAGGACUCUGAGGUCCAGCAGAGACAGAAGCUGGAAGCAGCCAAUCACAGGAUAGCAGAGCUGGAGACCCAGCUGACCAAGAAGGACCAGCUGAUCCUGGACCAGAAGAAGCUGCUGGAGGACACCAAGAACCACAGCAGGGCGGAGCUGUCGGCCUGUGAGAGUCGCUGUGUGGGUCUGAGGAGGAUCACUCAGAGUCUUCAGACUGAGAUGCUUCAACUGUACAGUCAGACGCACCUGGAGCCCUGCAGCAGGCCAAACGGCAGCGAGGCCUCACCUGUCGCUCAGGACAUCCAGAAGCCCCGCCCCCCCUCUUCUUCUUCUGUGGGUAUAAUAAACGGAGGCGUGGCGGCGCUCUCCACCUCCCCGCUGCACCUCCUCUCCUGCUCCUCCUCCCCCCUCUCCCUCUCCCCCAUCGACUCCCCGCUGGCCGUCGGCUCCUUCCUGGAGCAGCGGGCGCGCCAGCUGUUCAGACCGGCCAAUCAGGGCCAGGACGAGGAGGUGGAGGAGCAGGAGGAAGAGGAGGAGGAGCAGGAGCAUCUGCCUGAAGACCUGACGCUCGCCGUGCGCCAGCGCAGACACGAGCUGAGCAUCAUGGACUACGACGAGACGCUGCCCGAGUACUGA